AUGGCGCAGGAGGUGGUCGAGGCUUGCGCUCAGCAGCAGUGGUCGCGCGCCGUUAAGCUGCUGACUGCGCAAAUAACGGAGGCGGAAGAGGCCAGCAGGAGUCCAGCCGAAGUCGCGAUGUUCCUCUGCAAUCGCGCGUGGUGCUAUCUGCACUUGGAUCUCAACAAGCACGCGCUCAAGGACGCUAUGAGGGCCACGCAGCUCGCUCCAAACCAGCCUCUCGCCUUCAUGCGCCAAGGUGCGGCGUGGCUGGCGUUGGGCAAGAAGGACGAAGCCAAGGCCGCCUUCACCCAAGGCUACCAAGCCGCAACCACCACCGGCAGUAGCGCUGCCGCCACCACUCCCCUCCCCGCGUCCUCCUGCGUUGACCUUGAGUUCGCGCUGCGCCUGCACACGCUCUCCCUCGACCCCUCCUCCCCGCUAUCCCCAACGCCCAAGCUCGCUUCUCCCUCUCAGCAGACUCCCUCUGCAAACGCGUCUCCUGCGUCUCCUUCCUCUGCGAAUCCCCCUCCCACACCGUCUCCCUCGUCCUCACAUCGCGCUCCUGCUGCCACUUCUGCUGCCCAGAAUGGGUGUGUGAUUGUAGAGACGGGCUCUGGGGAUGCAUCAUCACGUAGUGCAAAAGAGAAGGGGGCCAAUGGGGAGGUUGCAACUGUGGAGGCGCGGGGAGAUGCUUCACCUAAGGAGCAGAAGAAAGAGGGGAAGAAGAAGGGGGGUCGAGAAGGAGAGAGAAGGGAAGGGAGUGGCGGAGGCGAGGACAGAGGGAAAGGGAGCAGUGGCGGAGGGAAGGGGUUGGGAGGAGCACGCGGCAGCCUGGCAUUGGAUUUGUUGAUUUCCCUUGGGAUCAACCAAGUUCUGGAGACAGACGGGCGGGCGCUGGGUGCGCUGGUGGGGCGGGGCACAGCACGGGCUCUGCAGCGCAAGCUCAAAGAGGCCGUGGCUGAUUUCACUGCUGCGAUUGAGAUUGAGCCGCGGGCAGCAGAGGCGUGGAAGCGGCGAGCGCAGGCGAGGGCUGCUCUGGGGCAGAUGGACGAGGGCUUGGCGCUGACGGGCACAGGGGCGUGCAUGGAGGGCGUUGCGGCGUACAAGAAGGCUGUGGCCCUGCGCGCAGAUUUCAAGGAUGCGUGGGUUAACAUGGGGCAGGCUUAUAAGGAGUACGGCGAUGCAGAAAACGCAGCCAAGUGCUACCAGAAGGCAUUGGACGCGGACUCAAGCUUUGCCACGGUGUACCGCUACUGGGCGCUGCUCAAGCACGGCGUGGGCGACCACAGCUUUGCGACGGUGUACCGCUACUGGGCGCUGCUCAAGCAUGGCGUGGGCGACCACAGAGGCGCGUCCCAGAUGGCGCAAAAGGGGCUGAGGUUGGAGAGGAGCAACAUCGAGCUCAUGUACUCGUAUGCCUCCUCCGAGCAUGCCGUGGGGGAAUACGCCACUGCCGUGCGCACGUAUGAUGAGAUGCUGGGCGUGGAGACAGACUCGGAGUCGAAGCUGCUGCAGUUCCUCGGCUUCUACCAGCGCGAGAUUGCUCUCUACACUCUCUCCAAGCACUCCCACCCGCUCGCCCACUUCAGCCUUGACAGAGACCUCGACCCCUUCUUCAAGAUUGCCCUUUACACGCUCUCCAAGCACUCGCAGCCGCUCGCCCACUUCAGCCUCGACAGGGACCUUGACCCCUUCUUCAAGGAAGCGUGGUGCAAGAAGCUUCCCCCCACGCUGCUCUUCCCAGGCUACACCACCCAGCCAGUCCCACCCUCCAUCGCCGUGCGUCUGGGCAAGAAAGCCUCCUCUGCUGCAGGGGGCAGCAGCAGCGGCGGUGGCAGCAGCGGCAGUGGCGGCGGUGGUGGCGGUGGGGGCGGCAAGAGCUGUGGGAAUCCCGAGGUGCAAAGGCUGCUGGAACUAGCUGAUCGGAUAGGCCGGCUCACGCAGUACUCGUGCCCUGGCUUCCAUGCCAACGUCCGCCAGACUAAGGUGGUGCGCUACCAUGCUAACUUCGACAGGGCGUUUGCAAUAAUGAAGGAGGAGAUGCUGCGGUCGGGUGCGGUGCACAACGCUGCUAACAACCGAGUGGCCGUUGAUGCACCCGCCCAGAAAGCAGCUGUGGCCUCGGCCAAGGCGUGUGAGGAUCUGUAUCGGGUGGUGGGGGAGGAUUUCUGGAUCGUCACGCCCUGCUACAGCAUGGUGGACCCGGGGAAGGUUCUCGAGGGCACACGACUCACCCUUGUGAAGACCCCCACGGGGUUUGACUUUGCCAUCCGCACGCCCGGCACGCCCUCACGCUGGGCGGACUACGACGCAGAGAUGGCAGCUGCAUGGGAGGACUUGUGCGCAGUGGUGGGGGAGAAGAUGCAGGGGGGGGCAUGGAGGCCGCCUCUUGGUCCUUCUAUGGCACGAUUCCAGCGAGCCGUGCUGCGCCUCGCCUACUACUGGUACAACUUCAUGCCACUGGCACGUGGAACAGCCAUGGUGGGGUAUGUGGUGACACUGGCUCUCUUCCUCGCGGCCCAACUUCAGGUCACCGCCACCAUCCCGGCCAAACUGCAGGUGGACUGGGAGGCGAUUCUCUCAUCGCGCUUUGAAACCUUUGCCUCGGCAGUCAUGCCAUGGCUCUCCCCCUCAGUCACGCCCCUCACCGACCCCACGCUGCCCUCCUUCCCCUUGCUCACCUCCACCCUGCCCACCGUCGCGUCUGCUGUUGCCGCCCUCUCCUCGCCCCCAACAUCCUCCCGUGCUCCCUCCGCUGCUCGCUCCUAG